AUGUCUCGACUUGUUACCCAUCCGUCGAUGCUUACACGGUCUCAUGCUCCAUGGAGGCAGCUGGCUUGGCCUGGUCCCAGACUCUCAGCAUCAUUCCACAUCGGCCUAGCCCGGAAAGCGUGUCAACCAAAGUCAAAAUGUAGCCAGAGCACAACAGCGGCUAGAUCCCAUGACAGCACUCCAACUCCAAGUUCAUCCUCCCCAACGGAACUUGAAUUCUGGAAAUCUGCGACCACCUGGCGACGCUCCACCAUCAAUACACUCCGCUGUCUUAUCGGUUGUUCAAUUGGCGAUUUUACAUCUAUGUGGUACUUACAACUGUUCCACCCUAACAUGGACAUGAAUGCUAUAAUGGCAAUAUCGAUGGCCUGCGGCUUAUCCAGCUCCCUACUUCUAGAGACCACACUCCUCCGAUACGGCCGCGAUCGAUUGCCAUGGGCUGCCGCAGCUAAGACCGCCGUGGGGAUGAGCAUGAUAUCCAUGAUCACCAUGGAACUGGCCCAGAACACCGUUGAUUACCAUCUAACUGGAGGGGUGGUUCAGCUGGACUCUCCCUCGUUCUGGCUCGCGGCCCUGAUCUCGCUUGGAGCCGGAUUCUUGACUCCGUUACCAUACAACUACAUCCGCUUGCGGAAAUACGGCAAGGCAUGCCAUUGA